UGGCACUUUAAUAAUCGGUACCGCUAAGUCCCAUUCAAUUCCGUUUUCAACUUCCGUCGCCUCGACGAUUCCUCUUCUCUCUCUCUCUCUCUCUCUGUGGUUUGAAUCCCGCUAUCAAACAUCAAUUACGAAUAAUCUAAACCGCGUAUCGGUUCCUUCCGUGUCCGAUUCCUAAUUUUGCGACGUUUGUUCUGCAACUCGAAGGAUCUGAAUUUUUUGGUAUCUACUUUGUGUAGCUAUGUCUAUGCUACAUAGGAGUUUCAAGCCCGCCAAAUGCAAAACAGCGUUGAAGCUUGCGGUGUCGCGCAUAAAGCUGUUGAAGAAUAAGAGGGAAGCACAGCUAAAGCAGCUGAAGAGGGAAGUAGCCCAGUUGCUCGAAUCUGGGCAAGACCGGACUGCCAGAAUUCGGGUUGAACAUGUUGUCAGGGAGGAGAAGACAACAGCAGCAUAUGAACUUAUUGAGAUAUACUGCGAACUUAUUGUGGCACGUCUAUCAAUCAUUGAGUCACAAAAAAACUGUCCCAUUGAUCUGAAGGAAGCAAUUUCAAGCGUAAUAUUUGCAGCUCCAAGAUGUGCAGACAUUCCCGAGCUAAUGGAUAUUCGCAAACAGUUUACUGCUAAAUAUGGAAAAGAUUUUGUCUCUUCUGCAAUUGAAUUACGUCCAGAUUGUGGUGUAGGCCGUAUGUUGGUUGAGAAAUUAUCAGCCAAAGCACCUGAUGGCCAGACCAAGAUGAAAAUCUUGAGUACCAUUGCUGAGGAACAUAAUGUCAAAUGGGAUCCUAACUCCUUAGAGGAGCAAGAUACCAGGCCCCCUGAGGAUAUUCUGAAUGGACCAAACACUUUUGAGAAGGCCAGUAAAAUAUAUGUGGAGCCUCAUGUCCAAGUUCCAUCUAUUCAUGAUGGCAAGGGACCUCCUAGUGUUCCAAUUCUGCCUAAACAUGAUGUACCUGGAAAUUUCUUUGAGCACAAUGCAAGAUCAUCAUCUCGCUUGCGAAAUUCUGAUUCAGAUAUUGGGGCUGAAGGAGGUGCAACAUUUGGCACUUUUCAAGCAGAUAUGGGAUCUUCAGGAAAUGAAACUGAAGAGACAGAGUCUAGGCAUUCAUAUUCUGGCAGUGGCGAUGCUCCUUCAAUGGGUAGGCAGAAUUGGAAUAUGGAAUUUAAGGAUGCUACUGCUGCUGCACAGGCUGCUGCUGAAUCGGCAGAGCGAGCAAGUAUGGCUGCCAGAGCAGCUGCAGAGCUUUCUAGCCGUGCGAAGGUCAUUAAGCAAUAUUCUAUGAAAUCACACAAGUCUUCUACUGAUGUGCUAAGCGGUGAAGGGUCUCAAAAAUAUUCUGCUUCCGAAUCUCAAGGUGAACACCUUGCCAAACGUCCAGUUAGUAAUGCCUUUCCUGGAAGAAUUUCUUCAAUACAUGAUGAGCAAAUUGAUCACGCUGAACGAGAUAUCCUGGCUGGAGCAACUGAAAGCUUUUACAGGGAUGAGCAUAAGGACAAUGCUACAUAUACCUGGUCAGCUUCCUCGAAGUCAACUACAGCUUCCAUUUAUAAGAAUCCAUUGGCAAAUAUUUCCCAAGAGACAGAUAGAUAUCCUCAAAAGACUUUGUCUGAGCUGAAGAACAGAGAAUCUUUAGGUGGAGUAAGCUUGAAGAAACAAUCUAGCAACAAUGAGAUAAAAAUUUUAGGUGAACUGAAUGAUGAUACAGAAUCUGAGAACAGCAACAAUGAGAUAGAAUUUUUUGGUGAGCUGAAUGAUGGUACAGAAUCUGAGAAGGUUAAUUAUAUUGGAGAUUUAGGGACCAGAAGGCAAUCCAGCAGAGCUUCUUCUGAUUCUUAUUCUCACACUUUUAUUAAUGACCACAAUGAUAAUUUGAAUUUGAACCACACGAAGUUAGGGAGUGAUGUUGGUCAGAGACCUUUUGUUAUUGAUGAAGGAAACAGCCAUAGUGACAAUGAGAAGACAACUUCUUAUGACAAGGGUUCUGUAGUUUUUGAUGAAUAUGGCUCAGAUGAUGGUGAUGACUAUAAAUUCGAUGUACAAAAUGAAUUCAAGGGACAAGAAUCGAGUUUGUAUUUUUCAUCUCCAGGUAGAAAAUCAGCUGUAAAUCUCUUACAAAAUACAGAUACUUGGAGACACGGGAAAAACAUGGAAGAACCAUUUGAAAAGUCCAUUUCUCAAUCACAUUCUUUCAGUGGGCAGCAUUCUACACAUGUAUUUCCUGAAAGUUAUACAGUUCCUACAGAACCACGUGACUCGUUGGAUGCAACGUAUGACAAUUCAGAUGACCAAAGUUCAGAUGAUAAUGAGAAUCUAGAGAAAUCAAAGUUUGUUGCGAAUACGGAGCCUGGUAUAUAUCCUAGCAAACAGGAUGAUUACGAAAGAAAUUCUGAGUUGAACAAGAGUGCAAGUCAUGGUUUAAUAGGAUCCUCAUCUGCAGAGAUGGAACAUGUGGCAUAUAAGAGAGAGCCAUUGUUGCCACCCUCGUCAGUUGAUUCGGAUCCCAUGGAAGUACGCCUCGAAAAAAACCAAGGAAAAGAGUUUCACGCUGUAUCUGAUAGAAAGUUUGGUAAUAGUGACCUGCCAUCUUCAAAACAUGAGAUAACUGGAUUGCAUUCCAGGAUUGAGGACAAGGAGCACAUGCCACAGUUACCGGAUACUUGGAAAGAUAAUGAACUUCUGAAAGAGUCUAGUUUAGAAAGUGGUAACGAGUUGAGGUUUGGAAAGUUAACAGGAGGCCUUCGGAAUAAGGGUCUCAGGCGUCCACCUUAUUCUCGGGAUCAAUCAGGCCAUGCCUCAUUAUUCAAACAAGCAUCAGGCGAUUCUUCUUCCAAGAUUGAGCAAUUUUCUUCUUCAGUAAUGGUCAGGACUACAAUUAAUCCUGAUGCUCACAAUCAAGAGCCACACAAUCAGAAAGUAACUUCAAAACAAAGUAAAGAACCGAGCUCAAAAGAUCUGGUCUUCUCUUCUGAUUCUGAUAAUGAUGAUUCAGAGCAACUCUCACCACAGAAUAUUAGUAUCAAUCAAGAGCCAUACAAUCGGAAACUAGGAACUGAACUCAAUAAGAAUUCAAGCUCAAAUAUCCCAAUUCCAUAUUUUGAUGUAGAUACUAGUGAUUCUGAGGAAGAUCUUCCUAAACAGGCUUCCACCAGGAAUGUACGCCCAAUUACUGUGUUUUCGCGAAGGACAAAAGCUCCUUCUUCAAGUACAAGGAGUUCUUAUUUGAAGGCUACAGAUGGUUCUGAGGCGUCAUUGACUCCUGACUAUGGAGCGAGAAGGAAAUCCUCUUCGAGGAGCUCCCAUGCUACCGAAGUUCCAGCAAAGCCCAUGUCCCAGACCAAGAGCUUGGAUCAUUUGGGAAGUUCUGAGCGGCAUGUGACAGCAGAGCAGUCAACUUCUAAGCCAAUGCCAGCAUCCAAGAGGUCCUUGAAUGAGGAAAGUUUAAAGUCAUCCACAAGGAAAUACUCCUCCAGUUCUCUUCCAAAGACACAAACAUCAGGUAGCUCCAAAAUUUCAGAAUCUGCAAGUCCGAGUAUGGAGACUCCACCUACAGAAAAGGCUAGUCAUGUUCACCCAAAGCUUCCUGACUACGAUACCCUAGCUGCAAAAUUCCAGUCUCUACGACGGAGUAGCGAAUGAAUUUAGUUACUUGCACAUAAAAUAAUAAAAUAUAGUCUAUUUUUACGUGAUUAUUAUGGCUAUAAUUAUCAUUAUAGAAUUGGUGGUGUUGUAAUUAACUUCUUUAUCUGAGAUUUAAAUGAACUUGGUUAUAGGAUGUGUAAGAUGAAAGUCUCCUGUCCAAAACGAGCCGAUUGUUAAAUUAUUAUGAUCAUUUUUCUUUUUUCUAUAAUUCCCUUCUUUUUUAAGCAAAUAGUGAAAUAGAAGGGCACAUUUGUUUGCACAUUGGUGUAAUGUAAUAGAAUGUGCUCAUUUGAUUGGGUUUAAAAUUGUAAGAAUGAACAUUCGUAAGAAUCCAUACUAAUGUCUUAUCUAUUUGUGGGUUGCUCUUGGAUUUCA